UUCGUCAUACGUUUGAGAUACUAAGAGAUUCCAGCUUCUUAUACCUACAAGACAUCAAAGUGUAUGAAGAGAAAAAUAAGGAUUAGUGAAAUAGUGUACUGACUUCUACACACUCAAGAUGAAGUCAUUCUCGCUCCAGUCAUCUGGCAGGAAUAUACUUCUCUCUCUCUCUCUCUCAGGAUACCGUGAACUUAAUACUUCCAAGGGAAAUCUUACAUUGGAAGCACGUGAUAUCUCCAGUGAGAAAUAUGUAAUCGCGUACAUUAUAAUCAUGAUGAACAAUUAUAUUGACAAACGUGGCAUGAUUGUCAGUGAUGUCAACAUUUUAACAUUAUUCCUGAAUAUGAGAAAAAUACAGGGUGAUAGGAUAAUAUUCAGUCAGAUGUUUGCUUUCACUCCUCAAACAAGUUUCAAGAAAUCAUUUCGAGCGUCAAGUGAGAUUCUGUCUCCCUGAUUGUUUCACAUCAUUCAUCCACUGAUAGUAGCAAUAUUUGCAUUGUCCAGAUUGUGCUUACUAAUUUCUGCUAAUAUAUAUAUAAAGUCCUUGGUCAAA